AAAUGGCCUUCGAGAGAGACAGCGAGUUAGUAACUGGCUUAACAAAGUACCCCCCCGAAAGCCGCAAAAUUCACCAAUGACAUGAACUUGCCAGUUCAUAGUCAAUUUCACGUUCACCUGAACUGUCAAAUUUUGUUUCAUUUUCUUGCUCUCUCUCUCUCUCUCUGAGAAUAGCAUCCAAUUCAUACACAAACAACCAACAAAAAUUUACAGAGAAACGCCAUAACUAAAACCUCCUAUUGGUUUUAGAAAACCCAUCAAGGAAUAGGACUUACAUUUCUUUGUUUUGAUCCCAAUCCAAUUUCAAUUUCACCAACAGGGUUUUUGGGUUGCUUUGCAUUUUCCUUGUGCAAUGUGCUUGUUGAUUUCAAUGGCUGCCACGGCAGAGUCAGCUGGGGAAAAGAAGAGGGUGGUGGUGAUUGGAGGUGGGGUUGCUGGCUCUGUUGUUGCCAAGUCUCUCCAGUUCUGCGCUGAUGUUGUUCUCAUUGAUGAGAAGGAGUAUUUUGAGAUCCCAUGGGGAAGCUUGAGGGCAAUGGUGGAGCCAUCAUUUGCUGAAAGAUCAGUGAUUAAUCACUCCGAUUAUCUUCCCAAUGUGAGGAUUGUUGCAUCUACUGCAGCUAACAUCACAGAGCGUGAAGUGUUGACUACAGAUGGCCAUUUGCUUGUAUAUGAAUAUCUUGUUAUUGCCACUGGUCACAAGGAAGCUGUUCCCAAAACCAGAGCUGAGAGGCUCAGUCAGUAUGAGGCAGAAUUUGUUAAGAUAAAUUCUGCUAAAUCAGUUUUGAUUGUUGGAGGGGGCCCCACUGGUGUUGAACUUGCUGGUGAAAUUGCUACGGAUUUUCCAGAAAAGAAGGUGAUACUGGUGCACAGGGGGUCAAGGCUGCUAGAAUUCAUUGGUUUGAAGGCGUCCCAAAAGGCACUCAAUUGGUUGAUAUCAAAAAAAGUUGAAGUUAUUUUGGAUGAAACCAUUAAUUUGAACACUUUAUCUGAUCCUAUUAUUCAAACACCUUCUGGAGAAAUUAUCACAGCCGAUUGUCACUUUGUGUGCACGGGUAAACCAACAGGUUCAUCAUGGCUUAGGGGGACUAUUGUGCAGAAUAAUUUGGAUAUGCAAGGAAGACUAAUGGUUGAUGAAAACUUGAGGGUUAUGGGUCAUAAAAAUAUCUUCGCAGUAGGAGAUAUAACCGAUGUUAAGGAGAUCAAACAAGGCUAUUUAGCACAAAGACAUGCUGAAGUGACUGCCAAGAACCUUAAGCUGUUGCUGAUGGGAGGAAAUGAAAGCAAGAUGGCUACUUACAAGCCCGGUUUAGACAUUGCACUUGUGUCACUCGGGAGGAAAGAGGGAGUUGCGCAAUUCCCAUUAUUGACAAUUAGUGGUUGCAUCCCUGGCAUGAUCAAAUCUGGAGACUUAUAUGUAGGAAAGACAAGGAAACAUCUUGGGCUAAAACCUUGACAGACAAAGAAGAUUUUUCAUUAUCAAUAGUCUUCUCCAGUCAUUUCACUUUAUCAAUGUCUGGCAUGUCUAUUGAGAGCCGAGGUUGUGCCGUGCUAGGUUAGCAAAGAUUGGCCACUUGGUUCUUCGCAAGCAAGAGUGUUGUUCUUCCUUUCCCCAGCCUUAAUAUUUGCUUUCAGGACUUGCUUCCCAGUCUUAUGCGGGUUGAAGUGUGUUUCUUGCAGUUUUCAGGGGCUUGUCAGUAUGUUAGUUGAUCAUAUGUCCUGUGUAACUAAAUCAUUGCAAUGGAAAGUGUACAUAUUGAUGUUUAUUCUGAUUUGUUGUUGUCAUUGA